ACGCAGCAAGCACACGAAAAAUUAGAGACGGGGCACGCUAACGGCAAAAGUGUAGUGUAGAGCCUUAGUUGGUGUUUAGUUCCCCCUUUUUUAUUUGGUUUUUCAGUUUCGGUAUUAUUUCAACUUACGGUUCGAUAGCCACAGAUAGAACACAUAGAGCAGCGGAUCAAAACUCAUUUGCGAAGGCGGGCUAUAAUGUUCAUUGGCAGCGCGCAAAAAAUCUCACGCCAAACAAAAAUAGCGCAAUGUUGAUCCACGACGUCCAAGCCUAUGCGUAUGCGGUAGCUAAAGAAAACGGAGCGUCCAAUUGACGGCGAAGACGACGACGAGGACGACGUCUGACGUAAGGGAGGCGUGUGGGAGAAGGCGAUUGUGUGUGUGAGUGUGUGUUUGUGUGUGUGCCUCAGAACGGGGCACGCAACAGCAACCAAAAUCGUGGGCAAGGAUAACGAAAAACAUACAGCCAUGAAUCUGAUCAACAUGGACUCGGAGAAUCGCGUAGUGCUGAACGUGGGCGGGAUAAGGCAUGAGACAUAUAAGGCCACAUUGAAGAAAAUACCAGCGACGCGCCUAUCGCGUCUCACCGAAGCGCUGGCCAACUAUGAUCCCAUAUUGAAUGAAUACUUCUUCGAUCGGCAUCCGGGCGUAUUUGCGCAAGUGCUCAACUAUUACAGAACGGGCAAACUGCACUAUCCUACAGAUGUGUGUGGUCCGCUGUUCGAGGAGGAAUUGGAAUUUUGGGGUCUAGACUCAAAUCAGGUAGAGCCCUGUUGUUGGAUGACAUAUACACAGCAUCGAGACACACAGGAAACUUUAGCCGUACUCGAUCGUUUGGAUCUCGAUACGGAAAAACCGUCCGAAGAGGAAUUGGCGCGCAAAUUUGGAUUUGAAGAGGAUUAUUAUAAGGGCACCAUCUCGUGGUGGCAGGAAAUGAAACCGCGCAUUUGGUCACUAUUCGAUGAGCCUUACAGUUCCAAUGCUGCCAAGACAAUUGGCGUUGUUUCGGUAUUCUUUAUAUGCAUUUCGAUUUUAUCCUUCUGCCUCAAAACACAUCCGGAUAUGCGUGUCCCCAUAGUACGAAAUACAACGGUUCGCACGGCCAACGGCAGCUAUGCCUGGUUUCUGGACAAAACACAGACCAAUGCGCACAUUGCUUUCUUCUAUAUAGAAUGCGUUUGCAAUGCCUGGUUUACAUUUGAGAUAUUGGUACGCUUUAUCUCGUCGCCAAACAAAUGUGAAUUCAUAAAGUCAUCUGUUAACAUCAUAGAUUAUAUAGCAACGCUUAGUUUUUAUAUCGAUCUUGUGCUUCAGCGAUUCGCAUCGCACUUGGAGAACGCUGAUAUACUCGAGUUCUUCUCGAUCAUACGCAUUAUGCGUUUGUUUAAGCUGACACGCCAUUCGUCCGGCCUUAAAAUACUGAUACAAACGUUCCGUGCCUCGGCCAAAGAGCUAACACUGUUGGUAUUCUUCCUUGUGCUGGGCAUUGUUAUAUUUGCCAGUCUGGUGUAUUAUGCCGAGCGCAUACAACCGAAUCCGCACAACGAUUUCAAUAGCAUACCAUUGGGCCUAUGGUGGGCUCUGGUCACCAUGACCACUGUGGGGUAUGGCGAUAUGGCGCCAAAGACCUACAUCGGCAUGUUUGUGGGCGCACUCUGUGCGCUCGCCGGUGUGCUAACCAUUGCACUGCCAGUGCCCGUUAUUGUCAGCAACUUCGCCAUGUAUUAUUCGCAUACGCAGGCACGUGCGAAACUGCCAAAGAAGCGUAGACGAGUGCUUCCCGUGGAACAGCCGCGACAGGCCCGUUUGCCAGGUGAGCGCGCACCCGGUGGGGUAAGCGGCUGUGGCACGCCCGGUUCGGGUCCACAUUCGGGUCCCAUGGGUUCUGGUGGCACUGGACCGCGUCGCAUGAACAAUAAAACUAAGGAUUUGGUCAGUCCGAAAUCAGGUCCCUUGGGAGCCAGCAUUGUUGCCAUGAGUCCGCGCACUAUGUUAGAUCUGAAUCCAGCAUUGGCCAUGGGUAAGCCAACAUUUCAGCCCAGAUUUCCCACGCAAUUGGCUGCCACACCACCACCACCACCACCACCAUCGUCAUCACUGACAGCAGCAGCAACAACAACAAUUGCAACAGCUGCGACCACAACAACAACAGUUGCAGCUGCAACAACCACAGCGGCCAUCACGUUGCCCAGCAUAGCUGUCUCAACAACCGCCAGCUUGAGCAAGGAUAAGGAGAUAACCACCACAACAACAACUAGCACCGCCCUGGAGGCCAACAAGAAGGCAUUUCUCUAAGGCCCCGCAUUCUCACACAGUCUCAAAAACAAAAGAAACCCCAUCAAGCAAUAUUAACUAAAACUACUUUAUCAUAUACCUAUAUAUUUACAUAUACACAUACUAGAUAGAUAGCCUCUGCAUAUAUACAUACAUACGUAUCACGCCUCCUUGCGCAAUUCCUAGAAUUCUCAUGUUUCGAACCAUAUCAUAACAUACCUAUCAGCCACACACACACAUACAUACAUACGAGUAUAGUAUCUACAAGUACAUAACUCUAGCUAUAUAAGAAGGGGCAUUAUAACUACAUUUGUACUCAAAAAUGCAUAAGCUACUUUGACAUUUUACAGACACGUUUUGAUAGACAGUAAUUGGAGAAAGAUUUUGUAACCACCAACAUAGAGACUACAGCGCUAUUUUUGUCAAUUUUAUUUUUAGUUUUUACUAAAAUUUAAUUGCUUAUCGAUUGAAGCAUAUCAAUUGCGUGUAGAAACGAUUUUUAGUUUACAAUCAUAAUAGCACCAAACUGCUAGUUAUUGGGUGCUUCAAACAGUUUCUGCCGCAUUUUCCGACAAUACAUUGAAGGACCAAAUUUUA